AUGAUUCUCAAUUUUCCAAAACAUAUUAGAUAUCGAAAUAAAAAUCUUAUUCUUGUUGGCAUUAUACCCGGCCCAAAGGAACCAAAUACAAAGCAACUACAAAAUUAUCUUCAGCCAAUGGUUAAUGAGCUAAAGCAACUUUGGAGCGGUCAAAUAUUCAAAACUACUCAAUAUCCCAUCAGGCCAUUACAAUAUAAAAUUGGUGAUUCAACAACACAAAAAAAAUUAUUUCAACAGCAUGGAAUUCGGUGGACUUGUCUUCUAGAAUUGUCAUAUAUUGAUAUUCCAAGGUUUACUAUGAUUGAUCCUAUGCACAACAUAUUUUUAGGUACAAGUAAAUGUAUAGUACAGCAUGCAUGGAUGAAUAGUGGUUCACCAAAACUUAGUAUCAAACAUUUGUAUAAAAUUCAGAACCUAAUUGAUGCAACACCUUUACCAGUUGACUUGGGUCGUAUAAACCUUAAAAUUACAUCAGGCUUUGAUACACUUACGGCUGAUCAAUAG